AUGCCACGUCAGCGGCAGCGCCGUGGCUGCGUCAAAGACAAGGAGACCUCAGAUGACAGAGCCCUGCCUCCGGAGAGUCCGAGUCCUACCCCAACCAAGCUUUCCAAAAGGAAGAGAAGACUGCUGGCCACGUCCCUACCAGCCUGGAGCAAGGAACCAGUGGUCUUCAAGGAUAUAGCCCUGUACUUCACCCAGAGUGAGUGGAAGCUGCUGAAGCCUGCGCAGAAGGCCCUGUACAAGGAUGUGAUGCUGGAGAACUACAGCAAUUUGGCCUCCCUGGUGGGGUGUCAUUUCUUCAAGCCGACAUUGAUCACCAGGCUGGAGCAGGGCAUCGAUCCGACCCUGGAGGACAGACCGGCCCCCGGAGGCCCCCCGCGAGAGGAGGACRAGGGAGGCGCUGCCAGCGCGGCCUCGGCAGGCAAGAAGACACGGCGUAAGUCAAAGACAAGACCGAAGCCAGACAGUUCAAAGAUUCUGCUACAGGAGAAGGCAGAGAGAGCCAUCCAAAGGGCUCUCGCCCAGAGUGCGAGGGCAGAGAGGGCCUCAAAAAGGGCCUUGAAGAGGGCCUCUGAAGAGGCCUCUGAAAGGGCUCCCAAAAGGGCCCUGGAAAGGGCCUCAGAAAGCCAGGACAGGCCAUCGCCAAGUCACCAGAAAGCUGGCCCCAGCCCAGACACAAGAGCAGGCAAGAACGUCUCUGCUGCUGAGAAAGAGCCUGAGCCCGUGGCCCCAAAGGAACCUUCCAGUCAAAAACCAGGAACCUCAGCACCAGAGAGCAUCUCCCCUGCUGAGAAAGAGCAUGAGCCCGUGGCCCCAAAGGAACCCGCUAAUCAAAAGCCAUCAACCACGGCACCAGAGAACGUGUCCCCUGCUGAGAAAGAGCCUGAACCCCCAUCAACCUCAGCACCAGAGAGCGUGUCCCCUGCUGAGAAAGAGCCUGAACCCGUGGCCCCAAAGGAACCUUCCAGUCAAAAACCAGGAACCUCAGCACCAAAGAAAACCCGUCAAGGAAAGAAGACCCCAGAAAAAGGCACUGGUAAGAAAACACAAAGUGCCACGGGCUCCAAGAAAAAGCCUCAGAGCCCCCGAAAGGGUAAGAAUCACUUUAAAUGUAAGGAAUGUGGAAAAACCUUCAACCAGACCCUCCACCUGGUGGAGCAUGAGCGAAUCCACACAGGAGAGAAACCACAUAAGUGUGACGUGUGUGGGAAGUCCUUCAGACACAGCUGGUACUUUUUCACCCACCGCCGCAUCCACACGGGGGAGAGGCCCUACAAGUGUAAGGAGUGCGGCAAGGCCUUCAACAGCAGCUCCACCCUCAGCAGCCACUUCAGGAUCCACACCGGGGAGACGCCCUUCAAGUGCAAUGAGUGUGGGAAGACCUUCAAGCAGAGCACGAAGCUCACUCGCCACCGCAGGAUCCACACCGGGGAGAAGCCCUACAAGUGCGAGGAGUGUAAGAAGUGCUUUGGCCGCAGCUCGUCCCUGACCGAGCACAAGAGGAUCCACACGGGAGAGAAGCCCUACUGCUGCCGCGAGUGUGGGAAAACCUUCAGAGUCAACUCACACCUCGUGGAGCACCGCCGGCUCCACCAAGCGGAGAAGCCGCACAAGUGUGAAGAGUGUGGAAAGCACUUCCGGAACCGUGCUCACCUGACAGAGCACAAGCAGAUCCACGUGCCGGGAGCCCGCGAGGACUGUCCCGAGUGUGGGAAAGCCUUCCCCAGCAAGGCAGCCCUCCUCAAGCACCAGAAAAGCCACGGGGAGGACUCCUUGCACCGGUGCCAGGGCUGUGGAAAGGCCUUCCGGUGUAAGUCGAGCAUCAUACGGCACCAGCGGCUGCACGCGGGGCAGAAGCCUUUUGUGUGCACCGAGUGUGGGAAAGGCUUCACUGAUAGGACCACCCUGAAUAACCACCGCAGAAUCCACGCCGCAGACAGGCCGGACCCCUGCGCACAGUGUGGGAGGACCUUCAGGCACCUGGCCACCUUGACGCUCCACCUGAAAAUGCAUGCUAAGAAGGGAAAGUAA